GCAAGCAGGGCUUGAACCCCAGACCCACCGGAGAGCAGGCCCUGGCCACACCCACUGCACCCCAGAGGAAUGACUAGUUAUGGCCAAAUGUAUCCACCCUCUCCUUUUCCUUCCCAUUACAGUUGUUCUUUAUUUAUUUUCUUGACUUCAAACUGUUGAGUACAUGGUGGUCAUGCUUGGUUGAGUCCCAGAACUCAAAUUGCCUCCUCCACAGGAUCCUGAAGUGGAGGAUGGGGUGUGGAUUUAGAGCCCCUGAUUGAGCCUGCAAUGAUAUGAAACAAUGCAGAAUCAAAUGAGCAAAAGGGGCAGGACUGGUCCAUAAGAGGAAUGCAGGAGUGCGGUUCUCCGGUGUCUGCUGGAUCCCCGGCCGGCCGCUCAACUCCGUGAUGUUUCUGAGCCCCCUUCAAGGCUCUUCCUUAAAACCCAAUAAAGCAAGAGCCUCGCACAGCUGCAGCUCUAAUGUGAAGGAGGGUGCGGCCUUUCCUGUUGUUGUCUGCACACACUGGGAAAUGUUUGGAGAAAUUUCCUGAGUCCCAGCAAGAGUGGAACGGUUUCCUGAGCUCAUCCAGAGCUGGGGAGGGUAACAACAUUCAGAAAAUAGGACUGACCAACCCAGUUGGGUCCCUCAGCUCACACUGAUGAAUGAGGGUUCCCCAGUCCCUCUAUCUUGAGGUCUGAUAAAUGUGCAGGCUUAAUUAAACCAAUUAUUUCUGAAUCUAACCUGUAUAAAAUAAACUUUUUGAAUGGGAGGUGGAAUGCUGACAUGCCUAGAUUCUCAUUACUCCACCCUACAGCUGAGCUGUUCACUUGUAGUGUUCUAAGUAGACAAGUAUAGAUUUGGGUGAGUAAUGUUAAGUGUUUAAGAGGGAAACCAUGUGUUGAAGAGAGAAGUCAUUUGAGUCAAAUGCAGUCAUGCUGUGGCAUCAGCUGUGUUAGAAAUGGCAGUGAAGUCCAGUGAUGCAAUGUGUAUAAUUGCAGUUAUGGAGAUGACAAGUUAAAUGUGUCAAGCUGGACUGUAAUUGUAAGGUCGUGGGUCUUUCAGGGUGUGUCCUGUGGCUCUGUAUUUAUAGUGUCUUUCAGGUAUGAUGGUGUCUCAGACAUUACUCAGCUGUUGCACCGAUCAUUAUUCCAAUUACAGUGUGUCCUUGUUAUAAGGAGUUUCAGAAAAAUAAUUUGUAUUCCAGAGUUUGGUAUUGGAUACAUCAGCAAACCAACACAGUGUUCAUGGUGAUUGUCUUUAAAAUGCAACUGUUCUUUACCAGGUCAGUAGGAUUUCAGCUUUCAGUAAAGAUGCACAGGUCACACAAUUGAAAAGACAAUUUUCUACAGUAAUAUUCCAGUAUUCCUGUAAGAAACAUACAUUUUGAAUGCAGAAUAUUUAAGUAAACAAGAAACCUAAGCAUUUCCUUUCUGUGUCCUGCCCACCAACAAUGACUCUUUCUCUCUCUCCUUCCCUUUCUAGGUCUUUUCAUGCAGAGGUGUGGGGGGGUGAGCGUGAAUGUGCGUGACAAGAGGAAGUAUGCCAUGCUCUUCCAGUCAGUGGUCCUGCCCUGCCAGUAUUCAAGCUCUUCCAUUCAGACCCCGGUGGUCCAAUGGUGGUACAAGUCCUACUGCCGGGACCGCACUCACGAUGCCUUCAGCUUCACAGAGAACGUGAAGCUCCAUGCCUCAGGGCUGGGCUCCUACUCCAACCUGGACUGCUCAGACAGCAGCCGUACUGUUCGCAUCGUGGCCUCUGGACAGGGUUCCUCCAUGACGCUGGCAGAGUACUAUAAAGGCCGGGACAUCGCCAUCAUCAACAAAGCUGACCUCCGCAUUGGCGAGCUACAGUGGGGUGACAGCGGAGUGUACUUCUGCAAGGUGGUCAUCCCAGAUGACCUCGAGGGCAAGAAUGAGGACCAGGUGGAACUGCUGGUGCUGGAGUGGGUUUUUGUGGGUCUGGUGGUCCUGGGCAGCAUAGCCUUCAUUCUGCUGGUGGGGAUCUGCUGGUGCCAGUGCUGCCCCCAUUCCUGCUGCUGCUACGUACGCUGCCCCUGCUGCCCUGACACCUGCUGCUGCCCCCGGCACCUCUACGAGGCAGGGAAGAUGGCAAAGAGCAUGAGCAUGUCACCAACCCCCUUGGCCAUGCAUCCUGCUUACUACAUUCCCAGUGUUCCUACGAUGGUCUCUGUGGCACCCCCCUCCCUUGUCGACCCUAAAAUGGCCUCCACGCCCUCAGUGGAAAACAACAUGACCGGUGUCUGCAGUGGGUACCGAAUCCAGGCCAGUAAGGAUCAGGACCCUACGAAGGUUCUGUACUACAUAGAGAAGGAGCUUGCGCAGUUUGACCCUGCCAAGAGGGCCUGCCACCAAUCAGCUUGCAGCGUGUCAGAGCUCAGCUCUCUACAUGACGGAGAGCCACCUUUCCGACAGACCUACCGCCAGGUCCAGAAAGCGGCUCUGCCCCCCAUCGCUGACAACCUUGAUGAACCCAACCACCGGGCAACCUUGUCCUCUCAGGCUCAUAAAUCCGAUCACCACUAUUACUACAGUAACCACCGUGAGGAGCAGCACCAGAGCAGGUGGAACCCGCGCUCAGAGCAUCUGCAGAGGAAGGCAUUUGGUAUGCGGAGCCGGACUGGCUCCCUGGAUGAGUUGGAAGAGUUUGCCCUGUCCUAUAGCCAGCGUGGUCGACGAGGAGAGUUUAGAGAACAGGAGCGACACUAUGGGACGGAGCUGCAGGGCCGAAAACCAUACCCUCCUUUUCGGGACGAACCACACCAUUAUCGCGAGGAGGAACAUAGAGAUGACUGGCUGGACAGACAUCAGUAUCAGCUGUACAGGAAGACUGUGGAGCGUGACCGAGAGCACAGGAGGAACCACCACAGCCCGCCGCCGCCCUCGCCCAGGAAGAGGCAGGACACCAGUGACAGUGAGCUCCAAUGUUCCCGGCACCUACCUGGAGGGCAGGACUAUGACGAAGCCUACCUGACCAGCCUACUGGAGCGCAAAGCCCGGGCGCGAGGCACACGGGCCGAGGAGGACAGCUUCCACAGCGACACACCCUCUAAAGGCAGCUCCAAGAAAAGCAGCGAGUGUUACAACAGCAGGUCGCCUAGCAAUCGGCCCGAGGAGGACGACUCCCUUCCCCCAUAUUCAGAGAGGAGCACUGAGCCAUCUGCGCGGCCCUUCCCGCACAGCCGCCCCACGCAGGGCCUGUCACGUUCGGCACAGGAACGCAGGGAGGAGCGGGAGAAGGCCCGCAAAGUGAGCACUCUCCUUAGCAGAGACUCUCUAAUAGUGUGAAGGCCUGGCAUGCUGGGGAUGAGCAGAGCACUUGCAGCACGCAGUGCCAGUGGGACGGGCAGCAUGCCUCAAUCAAGAAACACACUUGUGCAUGGAUUCUUGAGCAUGGAGACAAUGGACCAAAAGCUUUGAGAACUGCCGGCUUUCAGAAGCAUUUCUGGGGGUCCUGGUCCAUGGUCUGUGGCCAACCAUGGCUAGGAGAAGCAAGGAGUUGAAAAUACUUUGGUUGCAGUGUUCAGCAUUUUGUGUGUGUGUCUCUGUGUGUGUAUGAGACAGAACUGUAUCAGAGUAAAUAUUUUUUGUA